AUGGCUACCCACAACUGCUCCAAUCGGUUCCCCUUCAUCUGCUCCCUGGACAACCUGAUCCUGGUAAAUGAGAAUAAGACCUGGGAGGAUGCUCUGGAAUACUGCCGAGCCCUCAGUUCACCCACCCAGCCUGAGCUCCGUUAUGAAUUGGUAAGCGUGCAGCCUGAAGACUACGACUAUAUAAGGAGGAGGGUGAUGGAGUCUAACACUGAGGAGGUGUGGACAGGUCUGCGUUUCCUGGCUGGUGAAUGGCUGUGGGUGAAUGGAGCAGAUAUGAUGUACUCUGACCUGCCCCUCUGCCCCCCGAUGGUACAGCACUGUGGAACCUUAUCCAAGAAUGGCACAGGCAGUAUGGAGAUCAGAGAUUGCGCAGAGAGAAGAAACUUUCUGUGUUACUGGAUGUAACCUGAUGACAUCACUGCCAUCAUCGGUAUCCUGGGGAUCACUGCUUGCGUGCCUUCCAGCUCCCAUCUCCCACCUCUGUUUAUGUUCAUAUGCUAACAGGGUUUUGUUUCUUUAGGUGCUAGAUAUAAACUAUGUUAUAAUUUGAAUAAUUAUCUGUAACAGGAGCUAAUUCAGUUAUCAUAGGGGUCUCU